AUGGAUGGAAGUUUUAUUCAAAGUUUAACACAACUUGAAGAGCUUCACUUAGUUCACUGUGACUUCAAAUCAUUAUCAAUAAUGAUAGCGAGUUCUUCCUUACGUCAUCUCGAAGUUACAUCUUGCUAUCUCCUAUUCGGAAACUCCAUGAAGGAUGUAACCCUGACUUCACUAGACUGCCCUAAACUCACUUCAUUGGACUACAGUGGACAUUUUUUGCCUAACAUGAACUUUAAUACACCUAUGUUGAACAACAUUCAGCUCCCUCUUGUAUAUAGUGGAGAAUAUCUUAAUGCAUUUAGACUCUUGGCAACUCUUCCUAAAUUUGAGAAUCUGCAAUUAGAGAUUUAUUCAAUGGUCCCAACUUCCGUAAAAAUAACUCAGCCACUCAAGCAUCUGAAGGAGUUAAGCUUGAUUUUUAACCGGCCGUUCGACACCCCACGAAAAUUAGAGUUUGAUCUAUCUAGCAUUUUAAACAUCCUACAAGCUUCUCCACUUUUAGAGAAACUUUCGGUCAUGAUCACAUCUCCUGAGAUAAUUGAAAACCAGAAAGUUGAUAGGGAUGUUGAAGCGUUCUCUCAUGACGAGGUCAAAGAUAUUGAAUUAAGAGGUUGUGUUGGGAAUUGGUAUGAAGUUGAGUUUGCUAUGAAUGUUAUGAAAUAUGCCAACAAACUUGAGCGAAUAGUUUUAAGUCCAUAUUGGAGAGAUGAUAUGGAUGAAUUUUUGAAUUGGACUUUGUAG